UUAUAUUGAUAACCUGCUAAUUAUUGGUUUCCAGGGGGGCAUUCUCAGUGGUCAGAAGAUGUAUGAAAAUCCCUACUGGACAAGAGUAUGCUGCCAAAAUUAUCAACACCAAAAAGCUUUCUGCUAGGGAUCAUCAGAAACUGGAAAGGGAAGCUAGAAUCUGCCGUCUUUUGAAGCACCCUAAUAUUGUGAGACUUCAUGACAGCAUAUCGGAAGAGGGCUUCCAUUACUUGGUGUUUGAUUUAGUUACUGGAGGUGAACUAUUUGAAGACAUAGUGGCAAGAGAAUAUUACAGUGAAGCUGAUGCCAGUCAUUGUAUACAGCAGAUUCUAGAAAGUGUAAAUCAUUGUCACCUAAAUGGCAUAGUUCACAGGGACCUGAAGCCUGAGAAUUUGCUUUUAGCUAGCAAAUCCAAGGGAGCAGCUGUGAAACUGGCAGACUUUGGCUUAGCCAUUGAAGUUCAAGGAGACCAGCAGGCAUGGUUUGGUUUUGCUGGCACACCUGGAUAUCUUUCUCCAGAAGUUUUACGUAAAGAUCCUUAUGGAAAACCAGUGGAUAUGUGGGCAUGUGGUGUCAUUCUCUAUAUCCUACUGGUGGGGUAUCCACCUUUCUGGGAUGAAGACCAACACAGACUCUACCAGCAGAUCAAGGCUGGAGCUUAUGAUUUUCCAUCACCAGAAUGGGACACAGUGACUCCUGAAGCCAAAGACCUCAUCAAUAAAAUGCUUACCAUCAACCCUGCCAAACGCAUCACAGCCUCAGAAGCACUGAAACAUCCAUGGAUCUGUCAACGUUCCACUGUGGCUUCCAUGAUGCACAGACAGGAGACUGUGGACUGCUUGAAGAAAUUCAAUGCUAGACGAAAACUAAAGGGUGCCAUUUUGACAACUAUGUUGGCUACGAGAAAUUUUUCAGCAGCCAAGAGUUUGUUGAAGAAACCAGAUGGAGUAAAGAAAAGGAAGUCGAGUUCGAGUGUUCAGAUGAUGAUAAACAACAAAGCCAACGUGGUAACCAGCCCCAAAGAAAAUAUUCCCACCCCGGCGCUGGAGCCCCAAACUACUGUAAUCCACAACCCUGAUGGAAACAAGGAGUCAACUGAGAGUUCAAAUACAACAAUUGAGGAUGAAGAUGUGAAAGCACGAAAGCAAGAGAUUAUCAAGGUCACUGAACAACUGAUUGAAGCCAUCAAUAAUGGGGACUUCGAAGCUUACACAAAAAUCUGUGACCCGGGUCUUACUGCCUUUGAACCUGAAGCUUUGGGUAACUUAGUGGAAGGGAUGGAUUUUCACCGAUUCUACUUUGAAAAUGCUUUGUCCAAAAGCAAUAAACCAAUCCACACUAUUAUCCUAAAUCCUCAUGUCCAUCUGGUCGGGGACGAUGCUGCCUGCAUAGCAUACAUUAGGCUCACACAGUACAUGGAUGGCAGUGGAAUGCCAAAGACAAUGCAGUCAGAAGAGACCCGCGUGUGGCACCGCAGGGAUGGAAAGUGGCAGAAUGUUCAUUUUCAUCGCUCGGGGUCACCAACAGUACCCAUCAAGCCACCAUGUAUUCCAAAUGGGAAAGAAAACUUCUCAGGAGGCACCUCUUUGUGGCAAAACAUCUAAGGCCUGAAAACCAUUCACAUAUGGGUCUUCUAAUUAUCAACGUGCCACUUCUGCAUUCUUUGUUCUCAAAGCACCGGAUGGUAACCCUGGGCCGUCCUCUCCUCCUCUUCAUGCAUGUUUCCGAGUGCAUGAAGUUGUGAAGGUCCUACAUGUUAUGCAUACGUGAUGCAUCAUCUAUCAUAUAUUCCUUCCUGUACAUUGUUUACACUUCAACGAUGGGGAUGUUCCAUGCAAACUGAAAUUACUGUCGGCAACCAAUAGAGGGAGGUCAGACAAAAAAAAAAAAAUCCCAGGAUAUUCCAAGUACAACUAUUCAUCUAGUUUCUCUGUUUAUGCCAAGAUUUAAUGUAACAGACUUAAAAAAUUAUUGUUCUCUGAAUGACAGUUUGUAAGAGAAAUGUAAAUUUUUUAGAACUCUGUUUUGGCUUGUUUGUUUUUUUAAAAAGGCAAAAAUAUAUAUAUCUAUAUCUAUAAAUAUAUAUAUACUUUCAGUUUCUGGGUGUGAUCCUGGUUGAAAUGGGUGAUUUUUCACUGAAAGCUUUGCUGUUGAACAAUUAAAGUGGGUUGAUAUGUGGGCAAAAAAAAAAAAAAUCACAUAUGCAUGUAGAAGCAAGAAUCAGUUGGUUAACUGCCAUCUAAAGCCAUGUUGUAUUUAGUCAAAGUGUAAACUGGAAAAAUUCACAUCACGUAUGAGUUUGAUCAUUUUAGAACAUACACUGUUCUAGUGGAUUUGCUGAAUUGAUUUUUGUUUUCCUUUCUCAAAUCUGUCCUCUGUUUUCUUCAUUUUAUCCCAUUUCUUUGUUACUUUUGUAUGCUUCCUUUUUUAUUAUUCUUUUGUUCUUUCAUUCUUUUUCCUUCUUUUCUCUGUGGAUAGCAGUGUGUCAGAAUACAAGUGAAAUUUGCAGAACGAUGGUAAAAUAAAAACUGAGGUAUUUUGGAGGGAGCUAAACCAGCACUUUUGGUCAUCUUCUGGGCCCAGAGAACUUAAAAAUAAUUGAAUAAAAAUAAAGUUUAAAUAAAGCUUAAGCUCUAGUUUGGACUUAAGUAUCUCAACUAUGUGGGAGGUAUUGGAAUUGUUGAAACUUAGACACCAAGUAAGUCCCUGUAAACUACAGUGCACCCUACUAAUUGGGAUGGAUGCCAGGAAAAUAGCAAGCUGAGAGUGGAUUAGGUUUUUGUGUAAAAGCACUUGUUUUGUGCAAAAGCACUCGUUUCCACCUUGUGAAAGUGUAGGGCCCCUCCUGCCUCACCAUUAGCUAGCGUUCUAAAGUUAGGGAGCUUAGAGAUGUUUCCACUCUCAUAAGCAUUUUGAACUUGAUCUUUGCAACUUGUGCUUUUUUAGCUUUUCUCUUGAUUCAGAAUAUCAUUCUCCCCCUCCAAGGAGUUAGGAUUUUCCAGUUUAAAAUAAAAAGCAAAGGGAAAUGUCCUGGUUUUCUUUGUGCUUCUCAUUUCUCCUUUGUUGAUUCAAUUCCUGUGAGGUUUUUUCUCUUCCCUGAAAUACUUUCUAGUGCAUGGAAUCUCCAUCAGCGUUAUUUUAACCAUAGUUACAGUCCUCAGAAGCCUAUUUUUUAAAGCAGAAGGAAAAAAAAAAAAAAAACACAACCCUCCCUCUUUUCUCUCAUUUCACCUUUCUGUGUUGAUUACUAAUAACCUUAGAUAUUGUUGCUAGUGGACGUAUGAUAGAUGGGUUGAAGCUUUUCUGAUAAUUAUUACACAAUUUAAAACAACAUAUAUUUAAAAUAAAUAUAUACAUUAAAUGUAUUGAGCCAUGUUAACCUGCCAAUGAGAUCUGUGAAAAAAUAAUGGCCUCAUUUUUCCCUUUUUAAUUUCUUUUACCUUUUUUGUGAAGCGGCUCUACGUGGCAUACAUGUAUUUAAAAAAAAAAAAAAGUAGGUGUAGAUUGUUUGUUUUUUUACACUUUUAACUUAGCAUGUGGUGUUGAAGUAUUACCGUAGAUCAAGUUUGUCUUCCGCACUAAGAUGUGAGGAAAUUGUGAUUUGUUCUCUCCACCACAAUUGAAUUACACAUUUAUUAUCUUCUAUCAUUUUGAAACACUGCAGUUUACCAUGGGACACUGUAUAUAUUUCUUGCCAUAAUGGUAAAUGACUGAUUGAUAUAUUUAAGAGUUAAUAAAUUUGUGAUUUCUGCUGA